AAAUGAGGAAGGAGGGAAAAUGCGGGAAAUAUAAUUGCAAUAAACAGAGAAAACACAGAAUCGCCAGUUUGUAUUUCACAACUUGCCUGGUGUCCACAGGUGGGAGGCUAGUUCUGCGAUAUCGUUUCCCAGCACAGGGGGAAAGACUUGCGCCCGGUGGAACUACAGCACAGCCUCCCUCCAGGCGCCUCCGUUGGACUACUCAUUUCGGGGCAUCAGCUUCAUGCAAGACCUGCUGACGGAGGAGCCGAGGGCCGGCCUGAAGCCCAUCCAUCGGUCCGAAGGGGGCCGGCUGCUGACGCAGGCCAUCUGGCUGAACAACAACACCCUCGGGGAGCUGACCCAAUUCACGGAGACUGUGGGCAAGCUCCUGGAGUACCCAGAGGACAUCUACUGGAUCGACCUCUCCUUCAACGACCUGCCCAUCAUCGACCCGGUGCUGACUUCCUUCUACAACCUGCGCCACCUCAACCUUCACGGGAACGCCAUCCAGCAGCUUUCAGAGGUGGACAAGCUGGCGGUGCUCCCGCACCUGCGCAACCUGACGCUGCACGGAAACCCCGUCGAGGAGGAGAAGGGCUACAGGAGCUACGUCCUGUCCACUCUGCCCCACUUGAAGUCCUUCGAUUUCAGCGGCGUCACGAAGCUCGACCGCACCACCGCGGCCGUCUGGCGGCGCAUGAACAUCAGGCCCAAGAAAGUCCGGAAGAGAAGGGACGACUACUGAUGGCCCCACUGCUCUGGCAGCAGGGAGAGGAAACCCCUGCAACCCCCAGCCUCAAUUGGGAAUAAAGAGUUAGAGCACCUUGGCAUGGCAGAGCAUGGAUGGGGGAAGGGAGAGGGCGGGGGGGGGGAUGCGGGGCUGGGAGCCUUUUCCUGCAGUUGUGCCCAACGGCCUCAGCCUCCCCGCUUUCCGGGAUGCGUCAGGCUGGGGAAUCUGUGGUUCAUGGGAUCCUGGAACUGUGCUGUCGGAAGGGACACGCAAGGAUCAUCUAGCCCAAUCCCAUGUAGUGCAGAAAUCGCAGGUAAGGAAUCCCUGGCAGAUGGCCCCCACCACCACUACCUACGAUUAAAAACCUCCAAGUUAGGAGAGUCCAUCAUUUUCCAAGAGAGUCCGUUCCACUGCCAGGCGGCUCUUAGUGCCAGAAAGUUCUUCCUGACGUUUAGUCGGAAUCUCCUUUUCUUGCCGUUCGAAGCCGUUGGGUUUCUGGAGCAGCGGAAAACAAGCAGUGUACACUUGGGCACCUGCAGCGCUCCAGGAGAUCAGAGAAUUGUAGCGCCGGGAGAGUCAUCCAGCCCCAGCUUCUGCAAACCGAAGGUGCGCAAGGCACCUUCGUUUUUCCUUUUUGUUUCAGAUGUCCGGAGCCAGCCAGCCAGCCUGCCUUUCCUGAUGUGCUAGACUACCCAUUCCCAUCAGCCCCUGCAUGGUGGCAGCCAUCUUGGAGGGCAGGGGAAGGCUGCCCUUGGCCAAAGGGAAGCCACUGCAAACCCAACAAGGAUUCUGGCACAGAGUAACAGACGCACAGAGGAUGCAGCCACUGUGGAUUUAAAGCAGCUGCCCUCCAAAUUCUCCUAACAAUGGGGUGAGGUGGUGGGGGGACGACAGGGAAUGACACCUCCAAGACCCUUUCCUUGUGCCAGCCUUGAGUCCCUUCUCCUCCUUACCCCCCCUUCCCCAUGGAAGUGCAGCCCUCACACGCUGGGAGUUUGGUUCCCCCCAUCCCUGGCUCAGUGGCAGAGCACCCGCAGGGAGUCCUGGGUUCAGAUCCUGGCAUCUCAAACUCCUAAGUGGCAGGAAAGACCUCUGCGCCAGAGAGCGCCUCCUGGUCCUUACGGAGCUUGAGGGAGAGUCGCCUGACCUGCUGCAAGACCCGUUUCCGUUCAGUGGCGUUUGUGCGGGGGAAUCGCUUUUUGCAGGGUGGCGCCCCCACUGCUGUGUAUCUUCCUUGGCGUUUGCCGGUUUCUUUUCCAAUAAAAAUGCUUGUCCAGGUGGCACCAGGUG